GCCGAUUGGCGGAUGCCGUUUUGGAUCUGAAUUGAACAGGCGGGCAGCGGCCAGUGUACGAUGCACACUCGACUCGCCCGCUGGCGGCGCAGGCAAUGAAAACGCAGCAACGAUACUGGAACGGUGAGCCGUCCAAAGUUUUCCGGCGUAAUCUUCCAGAUUCUCCCCUCACAUCAUGUGUGAUGUGCCUUGGCAGCUUGUUUGUGUCCCAACCCGUCUCCACGUUCGGAUUCUGGUCUACCGAUCUCAGACUCUCUUGGCCUCCCUUACCGCGCAAGCCUACGUACGCAGUAUCUGUAUACCCCAAGGAAACUUGUGUCAAAAAAAAAACAUGCCAUGGUCCGUUUCGUUCGAUAGACCCUGAAGUUCAGACAGAUCUGAAGAGCCCCUUGCCUGCACACGCUGCGACUCUACGGAUAGUCGGAUGAUGGGGGACAGAUAUGCCCUGCUAGGCCAGGUACGUGUGACUUUGGCCCUGCACUAGGCCGGGACGGCCACACACACCAAGACAGCAGAUAUUAUGGAGGAACGUGAGGGACUGGGCCAAAGCAAGAGCAAUAGCGAUACUUCGUAGCAAUGCCAACGCCACCAGCCG